ACGUGUUGGCAGAAGAUGAAACAGAUAAAACAUGUUGGGCCAUCCUCUGAGGUCCUCAGUGGUCAGGUCAAGGGGAGUGCUCGGCUUAGGCAAUAACUUCACCUCCUUCCACAUCUCCUCUCCAUUUUCCUUUGCUCGUCACGCUGUGAAGAACAUGUCCUCCGUCUCCAUACCACCACCAGAAUGCCUCAAAAAACGUCUGGUUGUCCCACAGCGCCAUAUGUUUGGACCGGGACCGUCCAAUGUUCCUCCUCGCAUCCUGCAGGCUGGAGCUCAGCCCGUCAUCGGACACAUGCACCCUGAGACAUUUGAGAUCAUGGCUGACAUUAAACGUGGACUCCAGUACUUGUUCCAGACUCAGAACAGGAUGACUUUAGCCGUGAGUGGCACGGGUCACUCUGCCAUGGAGUGUGCCAUCUUCAACACGGUGGAGCCCGGGGAUGGUGUGCUGGUGGCUGUCAAUGGGGUGUGGGGAGAGCGAGCAGCAGACAUGGCAGAGAGAAUCGGUGCCAGAGUAAACACUGUAGUGGCGCCCCCUGGUGGCUACCUGACCAACGCUGACAUUGAGAAGGCUUUAUCAAGACACAAGCCCGUGCUGUUCUUUCUUGCACAUGGAGAAUCUUCCACGGGUGUCUUACAUCCUUUAGACGGCAUUGGAGAGUUGUGCCAUAAGUACAACUGCUUGUUUCUCGUAGACUCUGUGGCUUCAAUAGGAGGGACUCCUCUCUACAUGGACCAGCAAGGUAUUGACAUCCUGUAUACAGGAUCCCAGAAGGUUCUCAACGCCCCACCGGGUACAGCACCCAUUUCGUUCAGUGAGAGAGCAUGCUAUAAAGUAUUCAACCGGACAGGAAAACCUGUGUCAUUCUUCCUGGAUUUGAGUUGGCUUGCAAAUUACUGGGGCUGUGAUGACAAGCCAGCAAGAGUAUAUCAUCACACAGGUCCAGUUACUGCAUUCUACUCUCUGAGGGAGAGUCUGGCUGUGCUCGCUGAAGAGGGUCUGGAGAAUUCAUGGGAACGACAUAAAAAGGCAGCAGAGUAUUUCCAUGCCGGCUUGGAGAGCAUGGGUCUGAAACUUUUUGUCAAAGAAAAGCAUGCAAGGCUGCCUACUGUUACCACAAUUGUUGCUCCACAUGGAUACGACUGGAAGGAAAUCACCAGCUACAUCAUGAAAACGCACAACUUAGAGAUUUCUGGAGGGUUGGGACCAUCUGUUGGUUUGGUGUUACGUGUGGGAUUGAUGGGAUGUAACAGCAGCAAGGCUAAUGUCGACAUGGUGCUGGCAGCGCUGAGAGACGCUCUGAAACACUGUCAUAGGAGCAAAGUGUAACAUGUUACAGUUGAGAAUGUGAAAAUAUCUUGGUAUCAGGGCUUCUGUCAUUUCAAAGAAACUUAAAGAAAUAAAUUAUUAUUUGCAACAA